AUGCCCGGGCCCCUGGGUUCCCUGCCUUGCCCCUUGGGAUCCCAUAGCCGCUGGAGACGCCGGGAUAGCGGGGUCUUCUCUGCCAGGGCCCCGGGCGCUGCUGGGAAAACCUUCCAUCCACCUUCGGCCCGGCCCCUGUUGCUGACUCCCGCGACUCCGCCAUUGCUUAGCCGAGAUGCCAGCCCCGCCUCCUCCGCACCUGUGGCUGCAGGCACCAGGGCCAGGGCUCCGGCCUCCGCCUCCCCCUCCCCCUCCCCCCAGGGCGCCAUGUUCUGGAACUUGGAACUGAGUGAGGAGGAGGAGGAGGUGAGGGGGCCCCGGGCCUCUGGGGGUGUCAGGAUUGGGCUCCCCCUUUCUUCUCCCAGAUGGUGGCCCGCCUGUGGAAGGCCAGUCCAGCACGUGACUGAAGCCCGUGGGGUGCCCCCUUCUGCCGCUUUGGUGUCUUCCUGCAGCUCCCGGAGGGUCGGGUUGGCGUCCUUUCAGUCCCUCGCAUGGCAGGAGGCAGCGCCCGGCUCUGGGCCUCAGGCUUAUGGAGCUUCCCGUGGCCUCCUGUUGGGGGUCCUGGAGGGCCCCCCUAGCAGUGCUGUCUCCCACCUGCUGGCCAGGCCAGAGAAGGGAGGCCACCCUGAUUCCCGUCCUGGCCCAUUGGAGGCUGGGGGGGGCCUCUCCGAGGGCCGCCUUCUCCCCCCAUCAGCUUUGGGGCAGAGCCAGGAGCUGCUGCUGAAGCCAGUGUCCCCAGGGGACCCUGAGAGUCCCCCCACAUCCCGAGGGCCCAUUGGGGGGGCUCCUAGGCCAUCAGGAGGGAGGGAUGGGCUGGGGCAGUGGGGGGGCUGCUCAACCCCCCGGGCCAGGGGCUCCUCCUCCAGCCCAGCGGAUGGACUCGAACUCUCUGCAGGGUCCUUUCUGGCUCUAACAUUCUAUGAUCUUGUAUCAGAAUCACAGAAUUUCAGAGUUGGAAGGGACCUCAGGGCUUCCUGCGCCAAAGACCCCGACCACGGUGCCAGGGGGCGCCCAGAGGAGCAGCCCCACUCUUCCUUCUGUGGGGGGAGGGGUGUGGGCAGUGCCAAUGAUGCCACGCGGAGUCAGCGGGUCACUGUGCCCGGGUACAGAGCUUGGAGGGGGGCAGCAUCUCCGCCCACCACAGGCCUUCGUGGACACGGGGGUGACUUCAGCUUCCGAGAGCAGGAGGGGGAUGUGAUGCAAGUUCCUGGCAGGCUCCCCUCCAUGGACGUCAAAGGGGUGUUCACCCCCACAUUUUGAGCCCCCCAUUUAGUGUCAGGCCUCGGGGAGUGAGGAGGGAUGGACUCCGGGGACCCUCGCUCCUGCCUCUCCUGGCACCCCCUUUGCCAGUACAGCCGGGGUGUCCUGUGCACCGAUGAUGAGCCAGAGUACCCCGUGGGGGUCAGCGCCCGCAUCUCCGGUCCCUGUCAGUCUGCUCCCAGUUGCUCAGGUGCCCAGGGUGGGGGUCUGCCUGGUGCCCCCCAGGCCGAGGAGGAGGAAGGCCCCGUCAGGCCGGACGGCCGGCUGAGCCACACCUGAGAGCCCUGGCCUUUUCUCAGUGACCUGCAGGUGCUUCCCAGUAGUCCUGCCCCAGCGUGGGGCCUCCCCCUCUACGAGCACCAAGUGAGUGCCGCCAUGGGAAGGGGCAGAUGGGGGGCAGGGGGAGGGCAUGGUGGUGUGGGACCCUCCCCUCUUAGCAGGUAGCCUGUCCCGUGGGGGUCUCCCUCCUUUGCACGCCUGUGUCGUGUCAACCCACUCCCUUCCUGGGCCGAGGUCUCUGGGGGAAAGGAGGCUGGCAGUGGAGACCCUGCGGGGCGCCCUUCUCUGAGCCUGGCAGGGAGGGUCUGUGUAGGUGCCCUCAGAGCCCCGCCCGUGCGAGGAGAUGAAGGCGGGUCGUGAGGCAGCCUGACUCCAGAGGGAAGACCGCAGGGCCCCGUGGGCCAGCCGGCAGCCCCGUCCUCUGCCGGCCCCUGAAGACCUCGGGGGCUUCGGCCCAGCUGCCUUGCCUGGCCGUUUUCAGAUUCCUGACCUGAAUAAAGUUUUUAAAAGGUU